CCUUGUGCACGCCUGGGAAGUACGCCUGAGGGAGUUUAGGUGUUAAAUUAGAGGAGACAUGUUGACCCCGUGCUCUCAAGUAGCCGAUCUGCGGAAGACGUCACAAGAAGAAUAACAACAAGAUCAAGAACAAGAUCAUCGUCAUUGUUGCCUUGUUUACCUUUGUCACAGUGGUCCUCCUCCUACUGUCCGUGUGUAUGUGUGUCUGUGUGUGCGUGUGAGCCUGCCUGUGUGUGUGUGCGUGUGUGUGUGCGUGUGUCUUUUGAAGGCACCUCUCAGGCCGCUGCUGUCUCCUCUGCCUGGAAGGAGAACAAUUCGUGACAAACAAAUAAAGAAAGGAAGGAAGGAAGGAAAGAAGGAAGGAAGGAAGAAAGAAAGGACAGUGUUGAGUCUCGCAGGUCACGCCAGCGUCUUGUAAACUGUAAAUUUGCUUGCUUCACCUGGCAAUUGUGAACCACCAAGCAAAAACCAAGCCAUCCUAUUGGUCAACAGGGGAUCACCAUCAGCCCUCCCAUUGGCCCAGAGCUUUGUGGAUUGUGAUUGGACGGCUGGCUGGCUGACCUGACCUGACCUCAACCGAGCCAACAUGAUUUACGUUUUCCUUGUUGACACUGGCACCAUGAUGACCUUUGACAUGAACCUGGCACUAGAGAGUGUUGAGGUGUUGAAGGGUGCAAUACACAAUGCUGUCAAGGUGCCCCCAGACAAACAGGUGCUGCUGGCCUCUGGGGGUGAAACACUGGACUCCUGCAAGCGGGUGUGUCAUUACUCGGCCGGCACAGACACGUCCCCCAUUUUUCUGUUCUCCAAGGUGGCCAUUGAGGGAGCGGCUCCACCAACCCCCUCUGUGCAGCCUGGCGGGGACGGUGACCUCAGGGCACAGGUGGAGGGGUGUCUCAACAUGCCAGCCACUUACAACACUGUGGUGGCGCGGACACAGUUAGCACAGCAGUUUUACGAGCACGCUAGUGAGGUCACCAGAACGUGUCGCCAACUUGUUCACGACCAGCAUCUGCAGCAACAAGGCUAGGCAGCAGUGGUGGCCAACUUGGAGGACAUUGUGGCAGCCUUCAGAACAAGACAUGACGCAUUCCAGCAAAAAUUUGUGGAGUAUCUCAGUGGCCGGGAGGAGAAGGUCGCCCUGCUUCAGUCUUUUGAAGAGGACCUUAAGCUACUGGCAAGGAUUCCAGUCUUCCCUGAACAUUUGGGGAAGACACAAGAGGAAGAGGAAGAAGAAGAAGCUGGGAAGAAGAGAAGGACAAGAACAGCACAGAAGAAAGAGGAGGAGGAAGAGAAGGAAGAGGAGGAGAAGGAGGAGGAAGAGGAGGAAGAGCAGGAGGAGGAGAAAAGAGGAGGAGAAGGAGGAGGAGGAGAAGGAGGAAAAAGAGAAAUGAGGCAAGUGUCGCUGCUGGACUGGAUCAGCGCCAAGGACAGCCAAAGUGACGUCAGACAGAUUGCCCAACUCUGCUGCAGGGGACUGGCCCAGAUCAGUGAGGGGCUGCUGGAACAAGUGGGGCAAGAGGUCAGCGCUGUGCUUCGAGAGGCAGACCGGCCACAGAUGAAGGAGGUGAAGGGUCUUGGUGAGCGCCUGUGUGGCCUGGAGCAGCUCAUGCAUGAUGCUGCCUACGUGGUGCAGGAGCAGAGCAAUUUCUCACAGAUACUCCUUCAUAUCUCCCUCCACAAGUUACCUCCACACUUCUCCUUCCUAACAAACCUUCCUCCAUGUUCCCUCCACUUUCUCUCCAAUCCUGAGUAUCCUGCGAGUCUUGCUUCAUAGUUAAAAUAGUGCUUUUGUUAGAUAGUCUAACAUCACCGCCAGCCAUUUUCCCCUCCACCACCCUCUAUUCUUUCCUCCAUAUCUCUCUCCAUGAGUUAC